UUGUUGUUGUUGUUGUUGUUUCAAUGUUACGCUAGCUCAGCUCAGCUCUAAAUAAGAGAGGCCCGCAUGUCUAAAUUCAGUGUGCAAUUCCAGCUGUUGUUCCGGCCCGUCCACUAGAGGCCGCUGCGUAUCCGGCCCCGACUUUCCCAUCGAUCGCGACGUCAGCGCGGCUUGACGUGACGCCGGGCGUCAAUGCAGAGGGCGUCUGACGCUCAGCGUCGCGUCAUUGGACACUGGAGCUUUGACGCGGCGACGUCAGAAAAAGCUCUUCCAACCAAUGGGAGAGGAAGUGGUUUCCGAGUGGGGAAAAUGGAGGACGCUCUCAUACGGGCGGUUUCUCUUUCUCCCGAAAUUUGGGAUACGAGACAAAAUGCGUACCGGGACGUGACCAAAAAGGCACAGCGAUGGACGGAGAUUUCCACCACGUUGCAUAUACCAGUGGAAGACUUGAAGAAAAGGUGGAAAAGCCUGAGAGACCGCUACAUCAGGGAGAGGAGAGCACUUCAAGAAAACAAAAGAAGCGCCGAUAAAAAGAAAAGGUGGAAAUUCUAUCCCAUUCUGACUUUUUUGGAAAACACCGUGUCGGAGAGGGGAACCCACGCCGACGCCGCGCGCUCCCCGACUCCCGUUUCUCGCCCCUCCACCCCCAUUUUGCAACCGCCCACACUUGUGGAUUCCGGCGAGGAAACGUUCACCCUGGAUCUCUCUUUUGUCCCCCGAGAGGUGUCCACGUCCAGCGCCUCGUCGGAGACCAAACCUCGUCGGCGCUCCCCGGGUCGCCGUCGCGAGAGCAAACGAGGCCGGCGAAAGGAGGACGACUUGGACAGAGACCUCGUGGAGAUGCUGAGUAAAGAGCAGGAUGAGGAGGAACUGUUCUUACUAAGCUUGGCUCCUCGCCUCCGAAAACUGGACAAUGAAAAGAGGAGUCAGACCAAAAUAGAAAUCCUGCAACUACUUCACCGUGCACAAUUUUCAUAAGACAUUAAGAUGGUGGACGACCGGUUAGAGCGUCGGCCUCACAGUUCUGAGGACCCGGGUUCAAUCCCCGCGGGGCCCCGCCUGGGUGGAGUUCGCACGUUCUCCCCGUGCCUGCGUGGCUUUCCUCCCACAUCCCAAAAACACGCAUGAGGCGGAGACGCUCGAUUGCCCGUAGGUGUGAAUGUGAGUGCCGAUGGUUGUUUGUUUGUUUGGUUCGGGGCGUGCCCCGCCUCCUGCCCGAUGACGGCUGGGACGGGCUCCGGCGCGCCCGCGGCCCGCGUGAGGAGAAGCGCGACAGAAAAUGGAUGGAUGGAUUAAGAUGGUGUUCAAUCAAUAUUUGUUUGUUCGACAGUUCAACAUUUUCACAGUUCAGACACACACACACACACAUUAUAAUAAAAUAUUUUUG